AUGAGAACAUCUCUGCAGUUUCUUUGGCCUCAGAUCCUGUGUUUCCUGUUAUUCACUUCUCAAUAUCAAGUUCACACAAAGUCCACCAUUGAACCAUGCAAUUCCUCAGACUCGUGCCCCUCUCUCCUCUCUUAUCUCUUGCCCUGGGACUCCAAAGUAUCCGAAAUCGCCACUCGUUUCCACGUAAACUUUUCUGAUAUCUUGGCCUCGAACUCUCUCUUCCCCAUAACUUCAUCAAGUGCGCACCAAAUCCUCAGAGCCAACACGUUGGUGAAAAUACCCAUCUCGUGCUUUUGCGUGGAUGGCAUCCGAAGGUCCAUGUCAACCAUUUACACUGUUCAUGCAGCAGACACACUGGCCUCCAUAUCAGAAGGUUAUGGUGGGUUGGUUAGUGGUGAGCAAAUCAAGAGUGUGAACAGCAUCAAUGCCACCAACCCCUUGACCAGUGGAGGCACCCUUGUUAUUCCACUGCCAUGCACAUGUUUUAACAAUGUUAACAAUGGGGGAACCGCUGUUUACAUGUCAUAUGUUGUGCAGAGAGGAGAGAGCCUCCGGAGCAUAGCAUCAAAGUUUGGUACAACUAUUUCAGACUUGGAAACUGUAAAUGAGUUUUGGGAAGCUGCGGUGGAUCCCGGAGACAUUCUAUCUAUUCCCAUUGCAGCAUGUUCAUCAGCAACCUUGAACUGGUAUGAUGAGAGUAUGAUAGUUCCAAAUGGCUCAUAUACAUUAACUGCCACCAACUGCAUCAAAUGCAGUUGCGAACCAAUGGAUAUCACGAUGCGAUGUGUUCCUUCUGGACUAGAUGUUCCCUGCUAUAAUUUACGUUGCAAAGAAUCCAAUCUUAUUAUCGGUAAUGAAUGUGUGGAGCACUCAGCAACAGCUUGCAAUGUGAUCCAAUGUGUUUACCGUGGCCACAAGGGUGGGAAAAUUCUGAGUAGUAUGAAGAACUCUUCUUACCUCAAGUGCUCUGGUAAUUAUGCUGAUGAUGAUCCGUGUCAUAGUGAAGCAUCAUGUUGGCCUUUGUCAUCAUAUCCUGAAGAUCCAUUUGGAAUGUCUCCAAACCCAUCUCCCUCUUUGCCACUGCCAGUUUCUCAGGCUUCUCUGAGGACUCGUGCCUCCAAUGGAAGGCUUGGUCAAUUUUUAAUCAAUGUGCUGCCAAUAUUCUUAUUGUUAAAGUUUAUCCUUUAA